AUGUCGACAUUUAAUGGGCACACUCUUCAGCUGGCAGUGAAGGGCGAUGUUUCACGGACGGAUGAUCUAUUCUCGCGCCUCAAGGUCUUGAAUCAGGCUGUGACAAUUUAUGCAAAUCGAGUGCGGUGCGCCUUGUAUCGGUUCCGCACUUACCAACACGGUAGGCCGAUGACCAAGGUGGAGGGCCAGAAGGGAGGAGCAGGGGCAUUUGAAGCUGUGCUUGAAGGGCGCUGUACAGCUCAUAUUACACCUAGGCCGUUGUUAGACGAAGUUUUGCAUCGGUUCUUAGUUGAUCUCGCGUCGAGGGGUGUGCCUUGGCGGCUGCGUGGCCGAGAUUCUCAACUAAGAUAUCUCCGGCUGUGCAAACUGAUGCCUGUCCACCACACCAAUACCACGUUGCAAAUUGAAGAUUUUGCACUCACCAUUUCUGGCAUCCUUAUAAUACGGAAGUCCGAUGACCGCAAGAAGAUGCGCAUGCAUGUUGAAAUUCUUCAAUCUCUUUCAAUGCUCAAGUGUUCAGCCCGCACAGCUGCUUCGCGACCAACAUCUAUGUCGAGCACCCGGAUUGAGUUCAUCGUUCUUCAUGUUCGUAGAGAACAGCCAGAUGUUGACACCGAUGCUCUCGACCUAACCUUGACUGCGGUUUGGCAGUUGCCGCCUUUGUUGGAGUAA